AUGAACACACUGCUGUCGCGGGCAAACUCGCUGUUCGCCUUCUCGCUGAGCGUGAUGGCGGCGGUCACCCUGGGCUGCUUCGUCACCACCGCAUUCAAAGACAGGUGCGUGCCAGUGCAGCUGCAGGUCUCCCGGAUCAUGCUAAAAAAUGUAGAAGACUUCACUGGACCCAGACAAAGAAGCGACCUGGGAUUCAUUACAUUUCAUAUAACUGCUGAUCUGGAGAAGACGUUUGACUGGAAUGUUAAGCAGUUGUUUCUUUAUUUAUCAGCAGAAUAUUCAACAAAAAAUAAUGCUGUGAACCAGGUGGUCCUCUGGGACAAGAUUGUUCUGAGAGGUGACAAUCCGAAGCUGAGGGUGAAAGAUAUGAAAACGAAGUAUUUUUUCUUUGAUGAUGGAAAUGGUCUCAAGGGAAACCGGAAUGUCACUUUGACCCUAUCUUGGAAUGUUGUACCAAUUGCUGGAAUUCUACCUCUUGUGACAGGAUCAGGACAUGUGUCUGUCCCAUUUCCAGAUGCUUAUGAAAUAAUGAAGAGUUACUAA